GCGGCGCGCUGCUCGCGUCCUGCCGGCUCCCGUGUCCGGCUCGCGCCGCUCGGAGCUCCUCGGAGAAGUAGGUCCCGGGUCAGCGGUGCUCGGGGCGGCGGGAGUCCUGCCUGGAGGGGCGUGGAGGCUUCACGGCCGUCGUCCUUCCUGUCCUCCUUCCCGCCGGCUCCGGACGCCUGAGUUACAGGUGACUGAAUUUUCAAGCUGCAGAAUGCAUAGCACCUUACAAGGUUGGCCAUGAUGAGCUCCCCACAGAUGAAGGAAGCUAAGGUGCCAGUUGUUCAAUUUGUGGGCGAUGAUGAUGUCCUCAAUCACAUUUUUGAUAGAGAAGGAGGAACUAAAAUAAAAAAGGAGAAAGCUCAGCUUUUGGUCAAUCCUCAGAAAAUAAUAAAGAAGCCAGAAUGUGAACUGGAGAAGCGUGACCAGGAAGUCCUAAAGGAUCAGAACUACGUGGAAGUUUUGGGAAGAAAUAUUCAAGAAUCCUUGAAAAAUGGCUCUGCUGUAGAUGGGAAUAAAGUUUAUUCUUUUCAAUCCAGAAAACAUUCUGAAGAAAUGACCAAAUUAGCGUUAGAACUAGCAAAAACGCCAAGAAAAGUUGUUGCAGUUGACUCAAAGAAUGACCCUGAAGUUAAGAAGAACGUCCCUUGGCAGAGCAAGGGGCGUUCUACUUCAGAGAAAGUUCAGCAGGAGAACAAUAGCAAAACUGAAUUCCUAUCAACACCACCUCGCAGUCUAAGAAAAAGAAUAAUAGUGCCCACGUCUCACUGCGACACCGAGAGUGAGUACUCCGCCUCCAGCUCGGAGGAUGAUGGAGAAGAGGACACCACUGCCGUCGGGCUGUCCCCAAAGGGCCGAGCUCAGAGCAGAGGACCCCCAGCUCCUGCUCCCAAGGGGACGCCGCCUAAGAAGAUGAAAAGAGACAAAGCCAGUGACUUGGUAGAAGAGUAUUUUGAAGCCCACAGCAGUUCAAAAGUUUUAACGUCUGACAGAACCCUGCAGAAGCUGAGGAGAGCUAAAGUGGACCCAAAAACUCUGCGUAAUUUAUUGAGCAAAUUUUCACCUUCCUUUUCUGCUGAAAUUGAACAGUUAAGUCAACAGCAUGAGAAGUUGUUUCACAAAUGGAUGCUCCAGCUACACCUCGGGUUCAACAUUGUGCUUUAUGGCUUGGGGUCCAAGAGAGAUUUAUUAGAAAAGUUUCGAACCACCAUGCUUCAGGAUUCCGUUCACCUUGUCAUCAAUGGCUUCUUUCCUGGGAUCAGUGUGAAAUCGAUCCUGAAUUCUAUAACUGAAGACGUUCUCGGUCAUAUGGGUACUUUCCAGAGUGUUCCGGAUCAGCGAGACUGGAUAAUAAACAAGUUUAAAGAAGAUUCUUCUUUAGAACUCUUUCUUCUUAUCCACAAUUUGGAUAGCCAGAUGUUGAGAGGAGACAAUAGCCAGCAAAUUCUGGGCCAGCUGUCAUCUUUGCAUAACGUGUACCUUAUAGCAUCCAUCGAUCACCUCCAUGCUCCUCUCAUGUGGGAUCAUGCAAAGCAGAGUCUUUAUAAUUGGCUUUGGUAUGAAACCACUACAUACCACCCUUAUACUGAAGAAACAUCCUAUGAGAAUUCCCUUCUGGUGAAACAGUCUGGAUCUCUACCCCUGAGUUCUCUGAUUCAUGUCUUACGAAGCCUCACCCCCAAUGCACGGGGAAUUUUCAGGCUACUUAUAAAGUUCCAGCUGGAUAACCAGGACAGCCCCUCCUACACAGGACUUUCUUUUCAGGAUUUUUACCAGCAGUGUCGCGAGGCCUUCCUUGUUAACAGCGAUCUCACUCUCCGGGCCCAGCUGACUGAGUUCAGGGAUCACAAGCUUAUAAGAACGAAGAAGGGAACUGAUGGUGUAGAAUAUUUAUUAAUUCCUGUUGACAGCGGAACAUUGGCUGAUUUCCUGGAGAAGGAAGAGGAGGAGGCUUAGACUGCCCCCUUUAGGUGGAAGACUCUUGUACCCCAGCUGCCGCUCUUAGUAAGAAUGCUGGUUACGUCUAGCACUAGAUCAUUCUGUCCAGCACACAAGAUUGACUAUUGAAGGGACAGAUCAUCAACUUUGAACUUUGAUUAGGCUGGCUGGAUUACUGUCUCUAACACUGUGCGGUGUCAUCGAGUUGGGGGGAAAUGUGCCUUUAAUUUAUUACCUCUCUGGAGACUUGUUGCUGGAUGGACAGUGUGCUCAGGGAUUAUUUGGAACUGGAUGUUUUGGAUUAUUUUAUACUGAAUGCUAUCCCUAGUCUCCCUGAGCUGAAUUCCUACAAGUGCACUUGUUUCAGAUGUGGAAGCACAAAGACGGGGACACAGAGCUCGUCAGGAGGGCGGGCUUCACUGGCUUUCUCUGAGGUGAUAAAGGUAUCCAGUGGGCUGAGAUGGCCCGCUACACAUGCUCGGGACAGGUGGGACAAGUGUAAGGAACCGAUAGGGCGUGUGCCAACCAACACAGCAUAUUUAGUUCAGUUAGUAUCUACCAUCACCUUGAUUUUAUGAUACAAACGGGAAGACAGGCUUAAAAAUAAAAUCCCAAUUUACACCUUAAUAAUUGUUCUCAGGACAGUAGAAGAUAAAAACAUUUCACUAUUCUUGUACAUUGACAGUUUUUAUUUUCUUAAACAGCACACAGGCAUAGGUGGCACACGCCUGUAAUCCCACUGUCAGGACUCAGAGGCAGGCAGACUGCUUCUUUCCUUCCCACACAACAGUAGCAAGACAUGAGAGCACAUCUGUGAUCCCAACACUAGAAGGGGAGGGAGGAAGCACGAGUUCUAGGUCAGUCUGAGCCACAGCGAUGCCUGCUUCAGAAAACAGCAGCCGCUAAAUAAAUACACACUGAUCACAUGAGACUUGCUGGUUUGCACUUUGCUUUCUGUGGUGUGUGUGUGUGCAUGCAUGCAUGCGUGCGUGCGUGCUUCUGUGCAGAGGCCAGAGUAAGAUGCUAAGUGUCUUUUACUUUCUGCCUUAUUACCUUGAGACAAGGUCUCAGUGAACCAGAGGCUCCUUUUAGGCUAGAUGGGCUGCCAUGAGUCAACUGUCUCUGCCUGCCAGUGCAGCUAGGGCACCAUAGACAUGCCCAGAGUUCUGCGUCGGAGCUGGGGUUCAAAUUCAGGUCCUCAUGUUCUUUUUUGUACUAGAUGUUACUAAUAAUAAAUAAAAGAGCAGAGUGUAUAGUCCGUUUAUAAUGCUAGUUGUUUUGAAGAGUUUGAAAAGGAUUCUGAGUGCAUCGUACAGCUCUCGUGGACACAAUGGCGUAUUAACUAUCUACUCAUUUCCCCGAGCAGCUCUGUUCCUUCCUGUCUAGGAGGCAUAGGAACUUGAAGUUAUAAUUCCUGCCUGAUUUGCUUCUGGGCUGGAUGUGUAAUUCACCAGGCGAACUCUUUUCUUGUUUUUGUUUUAAUUUUUAGGCUAGCAUGCAGAGGUGUUGGAUUCCUUAUGGCAUUUCCAUAUGUAUGUGUGUAUGUAUGUAUGUAUAUGCGUGUAUGUACAUGUGUAUGUAUGUGUGUAUACACACACAUUUCCAUAUAUGUAUAAAUCAUUGUACUUGGUCCUCCUUGAUCCUCUCCCCAAUAGCCAUCCCCCCUCUCUCCCUCUUAUGCUUUAUUAUCUCAUGCAUCCCAUUACCCUCCUUGUCCUUAAAAAUCUCUUCAUCUUGUCUCUUCCCCUUCUGGUUUUAUUACCUGCAUGUGCACAAGCACGCGCACACACAUACACUCACACACACACACACUCUAGGUUCUUCUAAGAGAGGGCAUGCAGAAUGUGUCUUUCUGCAUCUGGCUUGUAGAACACCUGCAGGAAAUUCUGUGUGACAAUCACUACUUCUAUUCUUAGUGUUGAACACCAUUAAUCAGCAACAAAACUACGAGUCACUUUGGAGAUCAGUUAGAACACGUGACCUUCCAUUCAUAAUGUGGAACACAGAUCAAGAAUACAGCUGUACAGCUGGGUGGUGGUGGCGCACGCCUUUAAUCCCAGCACUCGGGAGGCAGAGGCAGGCGGAUCUCUGUGAGUUCCAGGCCAGCCUGGUCUGUAAGAGCUAGUUCCAGGACAGCUAGGAUUGUUUAUACAGACACACAGAGCGAGAGAGAGAGAAUAUGAGAAUAGAAUUGUACAGGGGAAUUCUGAGUGCUUGUGAGAAUACUUCAGUAAAACAAGACAAGAAUCGGGUUUCUUUUGCUUGUUUUUUUUUCUUUUUUUAUUUUUUUUUUGCAAAAACACAAAACUAUUGCAGCUGGCUAUUGUUAUUGUUCAUAUGUCUCUAUGAAAAAAUGUUUUUGCCACGUGCCAUUUCUCCAUGUGAUUGUACACUUUACUCAGGUGACUCUGCUUAACUCUAAGAGUCUAAAUUGUCUGAGUCUCUAAAUAAAGUUGCCUAUUGCA